CUUUGUUAGGUCUCGGCAUGAUCUUUUGAUGUCGAUUUGCGCCGUGGAGUCUACCGGCCGGCAAGUGGGUGACAAAGUGCCAAGUCGGCAAAGCUGCGACAGAGACAUAAAGAGCCGACGACGCGGCAGCAAGCCAUCCCGUAGGUGAAGGACGAGGAGGAUGGCACCACCGCGGCGCGUGUGCGUGACCGGCGGCGGCGGGUACAUCGCCUCGUGGCUCGUCAAGCUACUCCUCUCCCGGGGCUACGCCGUCCACGCCACCGUCCGCGACCCAUGUGAUUCCAAGAACGCGCAUCUUAUGCAGCUGGACGGGGCGGCGGAGAACCUGCGGCUGUUCAAGGCAGACGUGCUCGACAGCGCCGCGCUGGCCGCCGCCGUCGAGGGGUGCGAGGGCGUCUUCCAUGUCGCCUCCCCCGUCCCUGCGGAUAAGAUCGUCGAUCCUGAGUCAGAAGUGAUGGUGCCUGCCGUCAAGGGCACUGUAAAUAUUCUUGAAGUUUGUUCAUCUAUGAAGGUUCAGAAAGCUGUGGUGGUGUCAUCCACUUCUUCUGUUCAUUUUAACCCCAGCUGGCCUCAGGGUAAACCCAAGGAUGAGAGUUGCUGGUCGGACAAAAAAGUGUGCGCACAACAUGAGCUCUGGUACUGUCUUGCUAAAACUGUUGCUGAAGAGACGGCUUGGGAAUAUGCAGAAAAGAAUGGGCUCAAUGUUGUUACAAUAUGCCCUUGUAUUGUUUUUGGACCACAACUACAGCCUGUUGUCAACACCAGCAGCGAACUUCUCGUCUAUGUUCUAAAAGGAGGUCCUAAUGCGAUGAACGACAUGCUGUGGCACAUAGUCGAUGUCCGUGAUGUGGCCGAUGCUUUGCUUCUGGUAUACGAGAAACCAGAAUCAUCCGGGAGAUAUAUCAGCGCACCAAACUACAUUACCACAAAAGCCAUUCUGGACUUGCUGAAGAAGACGUACCCUGACUACAAUUAUGUAAACUGCAAGGCUGAGGUGGAUCAUAACUCUCCUAUCACCCCAAUCUCGUCUGCAAAACUGAGGAAUCUGGGCUGGAAGCCUAGGGAAUUGGAGGAGACGCUCCUGGAUAGCAUCGAAUACUACCGGAAGACCGGAAUUCUGCAGGAUGGCGAGGAAGAGGGACACGCUUGCCGCCUUCCUGAUCUCUUCCGGUUUUUUCAUGCCGCCGAGGAAUGAAUCGAGCGUGGCAUUGGCGGUGCCAGUGCUCCUAAUCCUAGAUAUGCCAUUGUGCAUGUGAUGUUGCUGAAUAUCUAAUGACGUUAUAUUGUAAUGACAAAGCUGUCAAUCUUCAAGGGAGGGGGUGCCUCGUUUCACCA